AUGGCCGAUGACAAAAUUAGCCAGGCCAUCUGCGAGGAGAACCACGAGUCCUCAGCCACAAUUCCAGUUAUCAUCGUGGACUUCGAUCCUCAUGAGCAUCCGCAUCUAUGGCCCAGCUAUCCGAAAUAUACCAUCCUCCUGACGGUGACUCUGCCUAUCUUCCUUAUGCCCCUAACGUCAACUAUCAUUGCACCAGCUCUUGAUGCCGUCGAGGCCGAAUUCCAUGUUACUUCAGAUGUCAAGGGCUCUCUGACAGUAUCCCUGUUCCUGCUCACUUACUGUCUCGGACCAUUGGUGCUAGCACCUUAG